UACCAAUUUUCUUGGUAGUUUAUAUUGAAAUUGUUCUUUGGGCAUGGAAUUUUCAACCUUAGAGAAAUUAAUGGCAAAGGUCACCAUCGUCUUACAAUGUGAAGUCAUCAGUUGUCAGACUUUUUGGUGCCCUUCCUUGGAAGUUAAUGGGCGCGUUAUAUGUAAUGCUUCAUUGAGGAAUCCCAGCUUCUCAACAAAAAGAGAAGAAAAUGCAUGAAAUUUCAAUGAAUAAUAUUUGGUAUGUAUUCUGUUUAAUGCCCUUAUUAUGUUCGUUAUUAAAAAUAUCUGCUUUAACUUACAGUAUUACAACAUCGCAAUCUCUUAAUGAUGGCGAAACAAUUGCUUCAGAAGGUGGGAGUUUUGAACUGGGGUUUUUCAGUCCAGGAAGUUCCAGUAAUCGGUACUUGGGAAUUUGGUACAAGAAUAUCCCAAUCAGAACUGUUGUUUGGGUUGCGAAUAGACAGAAUCCUUUAAAAGAUUUAUCUGGCACACUGAUGAUUAAUAGCACAAGCAGUCUUGUACUUUCAGAUCGGAAUAAUAGUGUUGUUUGGUCCACAAAGCCAUCGAACGGAGGUCAGGAUUUGAUAUUACAGCUUUUAGAUUCGGGAAAUCUUGUCCUGAGAGAUAACCGAGAUGGUAAUACGGAUGUUUAUUUGUGGCAGAGCUUUGAUUAUCCAUCAGACACGCUGUUGCCGGGCAUGAAGCUUGGAUGGGACUUGAGAACUGGUCUUAGUAAGGGCCUCUCUUCAUGGAAGAAUUUUGAUGAUCCAUCUCCUGGAACGCUAAGUAAUGGGAUAGAACUUGGUGACUAUCCUCAGGUAGUUAUGUGGAAGGGCUCCAGAAAGUUUUUUCGAGGUGGUCCAUGGAAUGGCCUGCGAUUUAGUGGUGCACCUGAAUUAAGGAUCAACCCAGUAUUUGGAUUUGAGUUUGUGUCUAACCAGGAGGAAGUUUACUACAUGUACCAAUUGAAGAACAAAUCAGUAAUCACUAGGCUUCUUUUGAAUGAAACCACUUCCUCACGACAACGAUAUGUAUGGCUGGAAGCAGAACAAUCUUGGAAGCUUUAUGCAUCAGUACCACGAGACUAUUGUGACAAUUAUGCUCUCUGUGGUGCAAAUGGAAUAUGUUCCAUCAGUGAUUCACCGGUUUGCAAAUGUUUGGAAGGCUUUAAACCAAAGUCAGCUCAAAGCUGGAAUGCUAUCGAUUGGUCACAGGGAUGCAUACGCAAUGAGCCACUUGACUGCCAGAGGAAACAUGGUUUCAUCAAAUUUUCGGGCUUGAAACUGCCUGAUACUACACAUUCUUGGAUAAACAAGAGUAUGAAUCUCAAGGAGUGCAGAGAGACAUGCCUGAAGAAUUGUUCUUGUAAUGCUUACACAAACUCAGAUAUUAGUGGACGAGGCAGUGGAUGUGCUCUUUGGUUUGGGGAUUUGGUAGACAUUAGAACCUUUUCUGAUGGUGGGCAAGAUCUUUAUAUAAGAAUGCCAGCUUCAAACAAAGAUAGACCUCCAGCGCGAGUAGUAGUUAUAAUUGUAGCUGCCAUUGCUGCAAUUUGUGUAGUGCUUCUUGUCAGCUACUGUGUUUGCAGGAGAAAGACGAAGUUGGAAGGGGAAAUCGGAGACAGCAUUACUGAGUGCCCAAAAGAAGAUAUGGAUCUACCUAUCUUUAACUUGGCUACGAUAUCUCAUGCCACUGAUAAUUUUUCAGUGAAGAAGAAACUUGGGGAAGGAGGAUUUGGACCUGUCUACAAGGGAACACUAGAAGAUGGGCAGAACAUUGCUGUGAAGAAACUGUCCAAGAGUUCAGGACAAGGAAUAAAUGAGUUCAAGAAUGAAGUGAAAUUGAUAGAAAAACUUCAACACAGGAAUCUUGUAAAGCUUCUUGGUUGUUGCAUUGAAGGAGAAGAAAAAAUAUUGAUUUACGAAUACUUGCUCAAUGGAAGUUUGGAUUCAUUUGUUUUUGAUCGAACAAGAGGGAAGCUAUUAGAUUGGCCAAAGCGUUUCAACAUCAUAUGUGGAGUUGCCCGGGGACUUCUCUACCUUCAUCAAGAUUCAAGAUUGAGAAUAAUUCAUAGGGACCUCAAAGCAAGUAAUGUGUUACUUGAUAAAGAGCUGAACCCAAAAAUCUCUGAUUUUGGAAUGGCUAGAACCUUUGGAGGCGAUGAAAGUGGAGAAACUACAAAGAGAGUUGUUGGAACAUAUGGUUACAUGGCCCCUGAAUAUGCUUUUUAUGGGUUGUUUUCGGUAAAAUCAGAUGUCUUUAGCUUUGGCAUUCUACUGCUGGAGAUAUUAAGUGGUAAGAAGAAUCGAGGGUUUGAUCAUCCACUGAGCCAAAAUCUUAUUGGAUAUGGUUGGAGAUUGUGGACAGAAGGCAGGCCACUUGAAUUGAUUGAUUCAUUGCUGGAGGAUACAGCCAUUCAACCAGAAAUGUUAAGAUGCAUCCACAUAGCUCUCUUGUGUGUUCAGCAGUCUCCAGAAGAUAGGCCAACUAUGUCAUCAGUGGUUCUGAUGUUAAAUGGAGAAAGUACACUACCUCAGCCAAAACACCCGGGUUUUCUGAUAGACUUGAUUCCAGGUGAAACUGGCCCCUCAUCGAGCAAGGAUCCAUGUUCAGCUAAUUAUUUUUCUAUUACAUCUUUGGAAGCUCGCUAAUGAAUAAGUUUACGAGGUUUGUACAACUAUGUAAUGUGCAGUAUGUAGUACACAUUUGGAAUCAAAAUCAUCAAUAAUGAAACAGCACUUAUUUGAGAUGGCAAA